AGCUGCGACGACAAGGGCAAAGAAUGCCGUCCCAAUCACAAGUUUAUCUGGGGAAAUGAGUUCCCAAAGUCUAUGCAUUGCUGAAAUAAAUGUAAUCGAGGCCUUGUCAUUCUCAACUCUGUCGCCGACAUUCCACCAGCUCCCGUAAGGCAAAAUCGACAAAAAUGCCUGCCAGAUUCGACGAAGCUGGUAAAACAAUCCCUUCGAUUCCGCUUGUGGCCCAGCCGAUGAUGCACUCCCAUUCUCCUUAGCUUCCGGACCAGGGGUAAGUAUGUCCACCAGCCUAUCGACGGAUCCGUUGUUUCCAAAUGCUCCACUUUCAGAUGCGACAUUGCACACAACGGUGGAAAUUUGUAAUCUUCGCUGGACAACCGGUGGGUAACCUGGUCCAUUCCAUGAUUUUGACAAGACUAAGGUGUCAAAGGACUUGUUACAUUUCGAGCCAUGUUUCGUCCUUUCACUGCGCACUUCUUUCAACCUAUCUCGAUUUCCACCAUACCAUUUUGCCAAACAAGCUCGACGGACAGCCAAUCCUGAUGAUGACAAUCUGUGUAAACUUCUCCCAUAAUUACGUCUGAUGGAAUUCCCUCUGAUACGACAGCCUAUUUGCUGUUGGUCAUCUACUCCCUGUAAUGUUCCCACGGUACAAUUAUGCCAUGAAAGCAACCCGGCAGAUGCAGUACCCAUGGGAAGACUGAAAGACUACUACAACCUUCUGUUGAAUUGUGAAAGCUGUUCCAUGCUGCUUCACACGUGCUGCCUUCCUUCUCACAUCGUCAACUUUUCAAGGUGUGAUCCUAAGAGCCGAAGAAGGCCAGCGACAUUCCCUCAGACUCUGAGCGUAGAAAUCGUGGUACGUCUUUUUGAGUCUGAAGACUUGGUGUCACAACUCUCUCUCUCCGUACACAUGGAAUCCCGUGCAACCCGAUUCUUGUCAAUAAUAAGCACCGAUUCUGGGUUGGAUCUUCACCACAUCUCUGGCAAUUGGUUUGGCGGUGAACCAGAAAUGAGGAAGAAGCAUUUGUAAGACGCAGUUGCUUACCAUAAGACCCCGGACACCAUUGGCUCAGAAUAAACUCAUGCUCAUUAUUGUCAACUUCUGUGCAUUCAAUUUCCUUGCAUCACUUUUGUGCCCGUCGACUACACUACCGCCAACACGAUUUCAUUGUGUUCCCGACAAGGCGGUCACGGGUCGGGUCAGGACUGAGGUCAGGAACACAGGGCUGGAUUGGAUUGGGCUGGAGGCAGGGCCGGGCCGGGCUGGGCUGCGCCAAAGCUUCUGAAUCCGGAAGUUCGAGCCAUGGACUCACUAGAAAGUGGAUAAUAAUCAGCAGCUAAAACCAGAAGCAGAAGCAAAGCCCCAACCCUGCCUUGCAACGAGACGAAAGGCAACGAAAGAGCAGAGGAGCGAGAUCGAGAUAUGGUGCGCGAGAGAGGUGGCGAUAAUUCUGUAACAGCGCCCAGCAGGUGGCUCGGUUAGGACCAGGCCUGGAGGAGAUUGACGCGGCGUUUGCAGAUUCGCCUCAAUUGGCCACCAAGCCUGGCGAUGUCGCCACGAGCGCUGCAGGGUUGGAUGAAGUAGACCGAGAUUGGCGGGAGAGGGUGCAAAAGGAGGACUUUCCUGUCGUCCUCCUCCUCUUCGUCGGCCAAAGGUCCAUUAUUUCUACGACUUUUGGGAUAAAAUUUCCGAGGAUUAGGAUUUGUGGUGCACAGGGCUCACGGGCGAGCGAGCGGGUGCGCGGGCGGUCCCCGGUAGGGCUCGCGCUACCUUACACUGCUCUGGUGCUAGGAGCAGCUUAGGGUUCAGCUCGUGCUGUGCUACGGUAUGCUGCUGCAUUAUGUACACUGACCUUCCCCUUUCCGGGCACGAGUGGAACGUGAGGCAUUUGCGGGCCGCGAGAGAUUCAUCCAUUCAUCGGUGGUGAUCUUCCGAUUCCUCAUAGCCAAAACCUUCUUCAAAACCCGGAGUAGCGACUAACUUUUCGGGCUCGCGCAUGACGCUAUCCCGUCCCGAACCUGCCCCCGCCCCCCGCCACAUGUUCCAGGGUCCACCCGUGAUUCGUGUACUAUUGGCUCUCGCUGAGCUCUGGUAAAACCUCGAUGUGCGGUCAAAACCCGAGUUACCGUCUGUGAGCGCUCUCCGUCUUGGGGGUUUUGACCGCGAUUUCGUUGACCAAAUGAUUGUCUGCCCGAUCCGUUCCGUGAUUUGCAUGUCGGGUUGAAGGCCGCGCGGAAGGCAAUUUUGCUGCAGUGGUGAAAAUGGAGGACCGGGAGGACAUGGAGGCCAGGCGAAAACAGGGCAAUUCGGAACCGCCUGACGCGAGUAGCGGUAGAUUCUUGGCACGAUGGGGCUCGCUCCUCGUCACAGCUCUCAUCAGCGCCUCUUUAGUUGCGAAUGUUCUCUCUUUGCGAAGACGCGUCAUGAAUUUCCGAUCCGUCGCAAGCCAGGAAUACAGUACGAGGUAUGGCUCAAGUGAAAGGCCAGGUGCAAAGACUCAGCAGACGAGGAGGGCACAACAGCAGAGGCGGCCGGAGGUCUACGAAGUAAACCCGGAAGAUGUCAAAAGAUUUUGGGAACAGCAUCUCAGAGAAAUGGAACGUAUCAGGCGUGUACAACAGGCCUUCGAGAACGAGAGAAGACGAUACAGGAAGGACUACGACUACGAUCCCUGGCAUGAGACGCAGGGCCGAACUCAAACCUGGGAAUGGAGAUGGGAGGGAAAUAGGUGGGUAUGGCAGCGCCACCAUGAGCAGCGGUGGAAUGAAGGUGAUCGGCGAUGGGAAGAUGAAGGGAGUCAGUGGUACAGAAACCAGACAGACCCACAUCCUGCUCUGAAGUCAAGCAGACAACAUUAUAAAGUAUUGGGCCUUGAUCCCUCCAGAACUCCACCAUACUCAGAUGCCGAAAUAAAAGCUGCUUUUCGGGCCAAGGCGUUGGAGUUUCAUCCGGAUCGUAAUCAGACAAACAAGGAAGAGGCAGAGGAGAAGUUUAGGCAGGUGAUGGAUGCUUACAACGCGUUGCGCUCAAAAACUAAUUAGAUUGACGUUAUUGAUUUGCAUACACUUGAACGUCUUAAGUCAUCCGCACGAGGUUAGAAUGUUGACUACGUGUACAUUCGGGCUUCAGCUCUCUACUUUGAGAGACAUUUGACUCGCUGACCACCUAUUAUUUUGUGCUGAGAAUUUUUAGCAACAUUUAACAGUUCUUAUCUCAAAUGUCAACAUUGGAGG